GGCGUGACUGACACAUCGCGCGGGCUUCGUUUGAAAGAAAAUGGCGGAGCUUCAGAAUGAUGGAGUUGAACGGUGUGAAGCCAGCACCAUCCACACAAGGGUCUCAGAAGUCCCUCAUGGGAUCAAGCGGCCACAUGAUAGUAACCACAUCUCAGGUCCUCCUCAGAAGUCUCCCUGCACAUCACCUGCAGUAAUGGAGCCUUUAGCAGAAGAGGAACGACCAAAUCACUCAAAGAUGAACUCUGUUGAGGACGGUAUCAGAGAAACAAUGAGUGUGAAUUUCACAGCUCCAGAACGAAGUCCUCGCUCACGGAGGAAAUCAUGGAGAAGAUCGUCCCGAGGCAGGCGGUCUCUUCCACCUUUCCACAGUACCUCACAAUCCCCAUGUGAAACUAUCAGUCUUUCUUUACCUGACAACGAGAGACUGGAAAAGCUAUUCAAAGCUGCAAUGCAGAGGACAGUGAAGCGAGUCAAAAAUAGUUUAUACACUAUUCCUGGUGUUGAUACAGAAACACUUCAGACUCAAGUUGAAUCUUUGCAAGUUGAAUGGGACAGUCUGGCUAAAGAGAUCAACAGAGAAACUCAGAAUUCACUCCUGCGUGUAGUGAGUGACCCGUUUGUUAAAGAGACCACUGCACGUAUUCAAGAGGACAUCAACAGGUUACAGGCUGAAAGUAUGUCAUGGGAGUCUCUAUUAAACAAACACUGGACCAAAGCUGACGAACUGGACAAGUGUGUUGAGCGGGGAGAGGAGAAAGGAGUGCCACUGGAGCCUUCAUGCUUUGCCAAGUCCUCACAGAGUCAACUCAUUCUGAAUAAACCGAACUACAAAUCAGUCCUCAUCAAGCAGCAAAAACUACUCAGAAACAUGGAGCUAGUGAUGGACUCUCAGUGUUGUAUAAUGAGGGAACUGCUGUCUUUCCAUGAGAAAUCUCAGCUACUGGUAAAGGAGACUAGUGCCAGACUGGCUUGCAGGGCUGGAUUCCAGAAUCUCCCUUCAUCUCCAGUCAGACAGCUGAUAAAAGGACCCGAAUCUAGUGUGUCCUCCUAGUGUAUAGUGCUGUAAUUACUCCUAUAGGAUUCAGUGUUUCACUGCAAACUUCUGUUGAUAUGAUACGACCUUUUUGGCUAUGCAUUAUUAACCUUUGUAACAUUGGGACUGUUUUCCCUGUAACACUUCUCAUUUGUUCUGUUGAAAUACACAUGCUCAUUUUUCCAGUACUAAUAGUUCUGCAUAUGACUAUAUAAAUUUAUAGCUGCAUAUUUUUCUCUGGAUGCUCUGUGUGGACAGUAACAUAAACCGAUGCCUUUGAAACAAGCAUCACCUAGUUUUGAACUGUCAGUGAUGAUAAAUGAGACAUUAAUACUUUCAGAAUUUGUACAUGAUACACUGAAAUUGACACUAGAUGGCAGUCUAGUUAUUCACUUAGUUAUUCAAAGCUCUGCUUUAACCUGUGUAUUUUUAAGGAUUGUUGUAAAGUGUUUUGUGACAUGUUGUAAAAUUUCUGUGUAUUAUUAAAUGCCUUGACAUUUA